AUGCCACGGCCCGCGAAACCUCCUAUGACCCUGAAGGAGGCCAAGCGGGCUUACAAGAAAGAGGGGAUCGGAGGGCCCCGAUACACUGCGUCGCAAAUGGCACGCGCAGACAAAUUGGACGCCCGAGAAGAGAAGCGAAAGAAAGAGGUAGAAAAGGAGAGACAACGGGCUGAGAACAAGCGCAAGCGAGAAGAGAAGCUUGAGAGAGAUCGUGUCGCUAGACAGAAGAUGGUAGAGGAAGGCAGAAUCAGUAUUGAGGACACCUGGGGAAAGGUGACGGCGAGUCAACCGAGAUUGAAUAAGUUUUUUGGACGGAAGCCGGCCCUCUUGUCAAACACCAUCAGAGCUGAGCCUGUUUCGGAGAAAGAGGAUAUGCAGGCAACUGAGCCCACUACUGAAGAUCAAGGAGAGAAAACUUCUCUUGAGUCAAACCAACGGCGCCUUUACAUCCACAUGGACGAAGAUUUCACUGAUGGCAUAGAUAACGAGACUUUCCUCAUGCUAUGCGCCACACAGAAGUCCUUUCAAGACGAUCUAUCAACGCGACAGAAUUCACCACCGACAGCUUCGCUCCCAGGAACUCCCUUUCGCGAAUCUCCACUUAGAGCACCAUCAAGAGGUCUGUCCGAAAGCUUCAAUUCUGUGUUCAACGAAAUUGAGGACGAAGAUCUUAUUGCUCUUGCUGAGGAGGUAGAGGCCGAAAUGGCGACGCCGAAGCAAACAGCAACAAUACCAUCGGCGCCCAAAAAGACGAUUCAGAUGGCUCCGCCGCCACUACGGUCCAAGGCUCCGGAAGGACUGCACAAGUCACAAACGGACGCAAAAAAUAAAAGCCAAAAGCCAGAGUUACCAUCGCCGAGACCAAAAGGGAAGAGAAGGCUCCCAUGGGAUCUUCCGAGGGAUGAUUUCAUUGAUCUUGGCCCAUCAACCCAAGCUUUAACUCUGGAGCUGCUAGAGCAGGCGGAAGCGAAAAUGAAGAAGUGA